GUGCAGAAUAGCACUCUGUCUACCAGGGUUAGUACUGCAUAACUGUGAGAGUACAGUUUACACUCAGUAAGUCCUGAUCAGCUGUCUCAGUCCUCUCACGAUGUCCUCAGAUAUUUAUACCAAGGUGAGAUACAACAGAAAAGAGCAGGAAGACGGAGCCGAGUGGGCGCAGAGGGAGGUGGAUAUCUACGAGAGUACGGAUGUCAUCAGAGAUAGUUAUGCUCAUUUUCAGUCACAGGAAGGAGGACCGCAGACUCAGAACCCUCCAUCAGUCCAGAAGGGGUCCUUCAGAUGUGCUAAACUGGGUCUAAGAGUGCUGUGCCUCCUGAUGUUAGCUGGGAUCAUCAUCCUGUCCAUAUGCUAUAUUUUAGUCAGUUUGGAAAAAGAGCAGCUGAGCAUCAGUUACAGUCGGCUCCAGGCUGAUCAUUCAGUGAACUUGUGUCAGCUACAGAGCAGGUAUGAUAGCUUAAGUAAAAACUACAGUCAGCUACAGACCAGGCUGUCAGCAGACAAAAUUCAGCUCCAGGAAGAAGUGAAGCAGUUAAAGGACACGAUGGAAAAGAUGUGUCCUGAAGGAUGGAGCAGAUUUGGAUGCAGCUGCUACUUUAAAUCCACUGAGAGGAAAACUUGGUCUGAGAGCUGGACAGACUGUUGGAAUAAAAGAGCUGAUCUGGUGAUCAUAAAGAGCAAAGAGGAACAGCAAUUUAUCAGUAAACUGAACCUGAGAGGAGAGUCCUGGAUUGGUCUGGAGGCCAAAAAUAAACAGAUGUCAAGACUAUAUAAGUGGGAAUGGGUGGACAGAUCAGCACUCGAAGAAAGUAAGAUGUUCUGGGCACCAGGAUUUGGGAAUCCCAGUACAGGUUACUGUGGAGUAUGCUGUGAUGAUCAUGGGAGGUGGACACACUCACCUCAAUAUAGUUAUGGGCAUGUUUAGGCCUGGAUCUGUGAGAAACGAAUGUUGUGCUGUGAUUGAUGACAGAGGGAUGUGAAAUAUGAGAUUUAAAUGUUUGAAUAAUCCAUCCAAAGACACCUCACUAUGAAACGUCCUGCAGGAGCCUCAGACUCAGCUUACAUCAUAUAUUGAUUACAUAUAUUGUCCCUCUGUGCUGUACA